AUGUCAAUCUCACUUGAAAAUGAAAUGGUGCAUCUGGCACCAGAGCACCAACUACGCGCUAUCCUCCUCGCAUUAUGCGACGACUCGUCUGUAUGCAAACGCGCUCUCAACCACUACCGUGCUCUCAAAGCCGCCGACAACCCAACCACCGGACUCAAGCGCAAAGCCUGUAACGAUUUAUUCGUCUGUGUGCAGUGCGACGAGGCGUUUACAAAUGAAGAUAACACCAAGACGUCUUGUCGCUACCAUCAUGGAGAUCUUGAAGUAGACGACUCAGAGGAUUUCUGGGCUGAUCACGAUGAGGAUUGUCACGGCGAGAUAGACACGUCUGAGAUGCGUGAGGAGAUGCCUGAUGGCUUCAAGUGGUCGUGCUGUUCUAAGUUGGGUGGCACUAGGGGUUGCACCAAGGGAAAACACCAGGCUGAUCCAGCUCGAUCGCAGCGAGGUGGUGAUGUUCCAGCAGGCAGCAAUUUAAGAAAGAACCACGGCUCUCAUGGUGCCCCUGCUGAAGAAGAAGAAGAAGAUGACGACGACGAUAAUAGCAGCGAUGAUGAGGAUGAUGAGGACGAUGACGAGGGUGACGAUGAGUAA